CCCUUUUUGUUUUAUUAAAUGUUCUACUUUGAUUCCUAAAUGUUUUUGCUUAUUAUCACUGUAUGAUAAGCCCUUACUAUUAUCUGCCUCACAUUAGUAGAUAUUUAAUUUAGUUUAAUUCAAAUCCAGUUGCAACCAUUGGCGCUGUUCGCCGUAGCGGCAUAAUUUAGAACUAACGCUCGCACCUUAGUUCGGCGUGUGUUAUCACAUGUUCAGAUCAUUCCUUACUGGAAAGCAAGGUAUAUAGAUGAUCCCAGGAAAGCGAUCCCAGGUGUUUCGAUUUCUUAUUUAGUUCAGUUAAUCGCUCUUUUCAUUUUCGAAUGUUACUCAUUUUAGUUUAAUCUGUGGACUGAAAAUGUGUUUCGAAAGAAAACGUGAGGAGUUAGACAUUUAUGGUUUUCUUCGAGAACAACUCGUUUUUAAAGACUGUUUAUCUGUAAAAACAUUCUUAAAACUAGCGGAAACAAAAUUCGAAAGUUUAGGAAAAGAGAAACAUUUACGUUAUUUUAAAUGUAGAAUGUGUGUAGCGACAAUCAUUGAGAAGUUUUCAGACUGUGUUCUUGUUGACGAGAAGAUUUUUAUUAACUGUUCCAGUAACAUUCCAGAUAAAUAUAAUAAAAAGUACGACGAUUGUGCCACGGUUGGUUCAUUUAUAAUCGAAAUUUUAACAACACUUAAUUAUAUGUUGGCGAAAUUAGAACUUUAUGAAUUUUUAGUUAACAUUUUAAAUAUAGAAGAAGAAGUUUCUUUAGAUUUUAUCAAAGCUGAAUUAGUAAAAAUAUCAUAUUUGUGUCGUAGAACUUUUACAUGUGAACAUAUUUUGCUAAGAGCAAUUGAAGAACUUCCCCAUAUUUUUUGUGUAUCUAAAGCUUCAUCUAACAGCACAGAAAAAUGUGUUGUUCAUGCAAAUGGUCAAAUACAAGAGCUCUGGGAUGCUUUUGGUACAGGUAAAAAAUUAAAAAUUAUUCUUUUCCAAAAUCUCACACACUUUUUAUUUUAA